UUUGACAAGUCAACUAGAAGUAAAAUAAGUAAUACUAAUAUUAGUCAGCGUAACAAAAUUUCAGCAUGUUUCAAUCGUAUAAUGGAGUUUAUAUCAAGCAAGAACCACGUGAAGAAUCUGGUACUAGUAGUAGUAACCACAUGUUUGAUGCACAGUCACAUUAUACGAGUCCUAACCAUGAAAACAGUUUUGAAGGUAAAGGUUCAGCUACAGAGGCAGCUAAUGGAAUACCUGAAUCAAGCUUAUCAGCAGGUUGUUCCAAAUCUACUUGUAAUGAACUUACUCAAGAAGAAGAAUUCAAUGAAACUAGAAAUAAGGAAGCAAGAGAAAUCAAAAUGGAGAAAAAUGAAACAAGGAGCAAAUUAGGACUUCCAAAGAAAAGGAAAAAGGUGGGAAAAAUCACAGAUUGUUUUAAACAGACCAAGAAGGUUGACAGGUUUAAUGGAAUGCCAGAAGAAGAUGUCUUACACAGAAAAUUACCUGAUCAUCUAGCAGAAAAUCUAGAUAUUGUUAUUAUAGGGUUCAAUCCUGGAUUGUGUGCAGCUUACAGAGGUCACCAUUAUGCUGGUCCAGGAAAUCAUUUCUGGAAGUGUUUGUUUUUAUCUGGGUUAAUACCACAACCAAUGACAGCCAUGGAUGACUACAAGCUGAUUGAACAUGGAAUUGGAUUCACCAAUAUUGUAGAACGAACAACAAGAAGUAGUGCCGAUCUAUCAAAAAAAGAACUCAAGGAGGGAGCAGCAGUUCUCGUCAAGAAACUUCAAACUAUUUCUCCAAAAAUUGCAGUUUUUAAUGGCAAAGGUAUCUAUGAAAUAUUUUGUGGAAAGAAAAACUUUAAAUUGGGAAUGCAACCAGAAUGUAUUGAAAAUUCCAAUAUAAGAAUAUUUGUCAUGAAAUGUUACCUCAUAAAUAUGCAGAAGAAAGCCUAA